AUGAUGCUCCGAUUUACUAACGUCGAUCAUAACCCAACGGGACUACCACCUAUUUACGGAUAUUUCACUCAUCCAAUACUUCCACUACGGGAAACUCUUAGUCAUUUCCUGCCUAAAAAUAGAUCAUUAUGGCGUGAUAUCAAUGUUGACAUUAGCAAGAAUUACAAAGAACAUGUUGAACUGACUUGGUGGUGUUUUAGUUCAUGCUCAUCAUCCGUUAAACUUGCUAAACAAUUUCUUGGAAAUAUAUCAACAUUUUUGAUGAUCGAAGCGAAGCAUGGAAAAGCAAUAUCAAUGUAUAGCAAUUUUCCAGAAGAAAACAAAGUUAUUCUUACAUUUGGUACCCACAUUUGUGUUGUUAGUGACGCGCUAGAUCAUGCGUCAUUAAAUGUGAUACACAUGCGUGAAGUGAUCCAUGACAAUGAUCAAGAUUUAGCCUCAUCAUUCACAAAAAUGAACAACAACGAUACCAUAUCAGGUAACGAACAAUCAACAUUUAAAGUAGAGACCUAUUCAAAUGGACACAAAUACGAAGGCGAAUGGAAAAACGAGACAAAACAUGGAAAAGGUACCUAUUACUAUGCCAAUGGGGAUAAGUGUGCACGCGAUUGGGUGGACGGCAUGCAAACAGGUGAAUGCGUUUUUAUGUGGCCUGAUGGUAAUCGAUAA